GAGGUCAGCCGCUGUCCAGGGUCAGCCCUGAGGUCCCCAUGCCCAGAGGUGGGUUCCAGUAGAUCAGGGGUCCCUUUAGAUCUCCCAGCGCCUGAGACAUGGAGACCUGGGAGGGACUGCCCCAUGAGUCCUUGGUGCCCACAAAUUCCAAGGCCCCUCAGGUACCAGAGCGUGUGUCCCAGUGGAGCAGGUGAGGGAGACAGGGACAGAGAGAGAGACAGAAAGCCACCUUGCAUGAAGCGGGAGUGGGUGGAGCCCCACCCCUGGAACUUCCUCUUUCAGGGUUCUUCCUUUCUCUCUCAGCUCUCCGUCUCUCUUUCUCUCUCAGCCUCUGUCUUUCUCCCUGUCUCCCCCACUGUCAGCACCUCUUCUGUGUGGUGAGUGGACCGCUUACCCCACUAGGUGAAGAUGUCAGCCCAGGAGAGCUGCCUCAGCCUCAUCAAGUACUUCCUCUUCGUUUUCAACCUCUUCUUCUUCGUGAGUUGCCUCAUGGCUACCCAGUCGGAGCCCAGCCCCUGCCGCUAACCCAGCCCUCAUCUUCCCCCGUGGCCUACCCCCGUAUCCGCAUCUCCUCUCCCCAGGUCCUCGGCAGCCUGAUCUUCUGCUUCGGUAUCUGGAUCCUCAUCGACAAGACCAGCUUCGUGUCCUUUGCUUGGCCUUCGUGCCUCUGCAGAUCUGGUCCAAAGUCCUGGCCAUCUCGGGAAUCUUCACCAUGGGCAUCGCCCUCCUGGGUUGUGUGGGGGCCCUCAAGGAGCUCCGCUGCCUCCUGGGCCUGUAUUUUGGGAUGCUGCUGCUCCUGUUUGCCACACAGAUCACCCUGGGAAUCCUCAUCUCCACUCAGCGGGCCCAGCUGGAGCGAAGCUUGCAGGACGUCGUAGACAAAACCAUCCAAAAGUACGGCACCAACCCCGAGGAGACCGCGGCCGAGGAGAGCUGGGACUAUGUGCAGUUCCAGCUGCGCUGCUGCGGCUGGCACUCCCCGCAGGACUGGUUCCAAGUCCACAUCCUGAGAGGUAACGGGUCGGAGGCGCAGCGCGUGCCCUGCUCCUGCUACAACUUGUCGGCGACCAACGACUCCACAAUCCUAGAUAAGGUGAUCUUGCCCCAGCUCAGCAGGCUUGGACAGCUGGCGCGGUCCAGACACAGUACAGACAUCUGCGCGGUCCCUGCAAAGAGCCACAUCUACCGCGAGGGCUGCGCGCAGAGCCUCCAGAAGUGGCUGCACAACAACCUUAUUUCCAUAGUGGGCAUUUGCCUGGGCGUCGGCCUACUCGAGCUCGGGUUCAUGACGCUCUCGAUAUUCCUGUGCAGAAACCUGGACCACGUCUACAACCGGCUCGCUCGAUACCGCUAGGCCCCGCCCUCCCCAAAGUCCCGCCCCGCCCCC